AUGCCUGUUCCCACUCACCUCACACCUCUUCCUAUCAGUCAGGAUUCGAAGAACAAUCAAACUCAACACCAUCACAAUCCACAUCACCCUUUAGCUGAUCCAGGCUCCAAUCCUACUUCGGCGAUGAACCCAACUCACCAAACUCAGCGUCAUCCUCAUUUCGAACAGCAAAUGCACCAGCAUCAUCCUCAUCAACGAGACUCUCACUCUCGUUCACCUAGUCAUCACGAACACCCGAGCGAAACGGAACCGAUGCUUUCGAGUACACACUCUGAUCGAGGUCAUGACAGACAUCCUUCGCAUUCAGCUCAUCCAGCUCACCCAGCUCACCACAAUCAUUAUAAUCAUCAUGUCACCUCACCCCAUCCCCUUGCUCAUCACGACGCCACAACAGCACAGUCCCUUCCCAUUCCACCUCCUAAAUCACCCAAGUCGCCUAAAUCACCCACUCCACUCUCCAAACGACUUCUGUACGCUCUGACCAAUAAGCCCACGAUAAGUAAGACAUGGGAGAAAAGAUCGUAUGCCGAUCAGCAGAGGAGUGAGCCUUUAGAUGGCUCAACGAAUCAAGGAAGAGCAGAGAUGGGUAUGGGUAUGGAUUUACAGGAAUACUCUUCGCCUCGAUCUCGGCCCAUGUCAUUUUACGCCUCACCAGCCGAGAUAGCAGCUUUCAAACCCCUUCCCGUGGUAGAUCAUCAUUAUCCCAGUGGAGAUACACACGCUCACGCCCAUUCUGCACCUAACCUCCCAGUACCGCCGACUAGAGUCUGA